AUCUCUUACUUUCAUUCUCUCUCUCUCUCUCUCUCUCUCUCUCUCAUAACCCACACCUUCUCUUUGACCCUGUCGUCCUCUUUAUUCCCUCCUUCUCUGCCACACUACUCUUCCGAGCUAAUAUCUAUUUCCUUCUUCCAACAUCGAAACACCCACAAAACACGAUAAAUCAGACAUUCACCAAAGACAUCACUCAUUUUAUUGGCCACAACGAAAGAAAAAAACAACAACAAACAACAAACAAACGAAAAAAAAAAGGAACUCGGGUACUUUAAUUGAAAGCUCACUGUACAGUUUAAGAACUUAAGGGCCCAAACACUUACCCGACGAGGGUUUCACCUCUGAAAACCCGCUUUUCAGCUCUUUUGAUUGAUCCCUACAACCCGAUAUUUGUGAUCGUUGUUUCUUCUUAUUGACCAAAGGACUUCCACCUUCGGGAUCGAACCCUGGACUUCGCUGUCUUUCCUACCAAUACAACGACAAUUACCGUUACCCUCUUAUUCAGCACAAAUAUCACAACUAUACCUUUUCCUCUCACCGUUGUUGUUUGGUUAAUUCGAUACGAAAUCUCAGAAAGUUUUCCAUCACAAACAUUAUUUCUGCCGUGUCAUCCACCACCACCACCACCAACGACUGCCACCACUGCCAUGACCACCAUGACUGAAGGACUUCUCGACACCUCAAACAUGGAUGCUAUUCUGCAUCUUUACAAAGACCUCAUCAACAGCGACGACCACUUUGUCUCCAUAGGUGGACUGCAGAGGAACCUGCACAAACUACCAUCGAAAUCGAUGGCCCCUUCUCAGCAUCAGGUGACCGGCGGGGUCGAUAACCAUGGCAACGGCACCAUGCAGUCACAAUCCCCUCAGGAAGACUCCUCCAUGACACCUUCAACUGAUGAACUCGUGCUUACGUUUGACAUGCUCCCGCAAGAAAUGAAGUUACAAAUAUUUUCCUACCUCGGAGCCAAGGACCUUUCCACAUGCGCACACGUGUCCAAACACUGGCAGUGCCUGACCUCUUUGGAUUUCCUGUGGUGCCGUUUACUCAUGAGGGACGUCGACAAGUGGGACACGAUUAGCCACGACACCAACCCGAACUUAUACAAAGAACUUGAUCCGCACUGGACUUGUAAGAAAAUUUACCGACAAUGCUGUCCAGCCUUGCAGAAACCAAAAUCUUCAGGAUGGAACCUCAAUUCUUUACUCUCGUCAUUCUUCCACAUGAACACCCCCAAGAUUGGAAUCUUUGGACCUGGUCUCGAAUCGAAAACCAGCAAGAUUAUCACUCACAUAUUAUCGGAUCCUACCAAAGUCUUCAAGCAGAAUGGUGUCGUUCCAGGUUCAUUUUCCGGUGUUGGUUCUUUUUUCCUGAUGACUAUCAGUAACCUAACGUUUAGUCUAACGGUGAUGUACUCCUGCGCCAAGAAGGACCGAGAGAGAGCGGCCCGUCAGGGUCUGCAACAGCUCCGGCAUCUGCCUCAGUCUGAACACCUCAAGGCCCUCUGUCGCAGUUUAGAUGCAUUCGUCUUUGUGGUGGACGCAACGGACAUGCCUUCCAUGCAAUGGGCUGGAACCGAGUUAUUUAACAUGGUUAACGAGAAAAGCUCAUCCUCACAGACGCCAGUUCUUGUGUUAUGCUGUGUUCCAGAAGAUUCCUCUGAACAAGUGACCUCAUCAUCAUCAUCAUCAACAUCAUCAACAUCAUCGUCAUCGUCAUCGACGCACACAAUGACAUGUUUUGAGGUGGUCAACUCUCUUCAAUUAACCAAACUUAUUAAACCAUGGCGGGUGUGCAGGUGUGCUAUUGGUAACAUGGACGAAUAUCGCAAAGGAUUUGAGUGGAUUAUCAACAACUGCCAAUAGGUGGCAGGAUUAUCAAUGACUGUAUAAAGAAAACAACCAAUCAAACUGUUUCUUUUCACAGUCAUACAAUAUGGCUGUGAUGUUGUUUUGUUCCGGAAACCUAAGAAUCUUGUUGUGGUUUUGCUCCAAGUCAGCUAUGACCCAGUAAACUUAUGAUUAAAGAUGAUCCAAUUGUGACCAUUCCAUCUGUUGUUCAGGAGUUUGGAGUCAUUGGGAAACCCCUUGUUGCCGUGAAAUCCCUUGACAAAUGCUCGAAUGUUUGUAUUCAUGUAAAUGGUGCCAAGUCAAAAUCUGUCAGUUUAGGCGUUGGAGAUCCACAAGGGUGCGUAUGGCCACCUCUUUGGAUGUUUAUAGAAAAAAUAUCUCACACACAAAUACAUUAGUUUCCUGAUAUUUUUACAUGAAGUCAGCUUCUACGAAUUCUUCAUGCAAAGUCAGAGACUUAUAUAUUUUGUUGAAUUAAUAUGUAGCAGGAAUAUUUAACAAUCAGGUCACUAUAUCCAGGGUCAUGAUUUGCAAAAACAUUUGACCGAUCAAAACUCCCUGUGGAACCUGUUUCAAAAUUAAUAGAGGUACCAUCCAUAUCCAUAUAUAAAAUACUACAAUUAGCUGUCAUUUUUGAUGGCACAGGGCUAGCUAGUAUUCAGGGAGCUGAAUUUGGACUAUAUCCUACAGCCCCUAAAUACUUUUAUGAAAUGGCUGUAGGUUUGGACUGAUCCUUUUUAAUCGCAUACUUUAAUAUACUUUCUACUUUCAUGGUUUCCCUUA